AUGUCGACAACACCUGAAGAUGCAUGUAGUGUGGAGAGUAAUCAUGGAGCACAACAAGCUGUGAAUGAUAGCACAGGCUUCUAUUUUUCUUUGCUUGAUUCUCUUCGAAAUACUGGAAACCUUGUAUUUGAUGAAUUAAUCUACAACGAACUCCUUGAAUACUUUCUGUUUGAUGUUCGUUGCCAAGCCAUACAAAUUAAUGUGCAACUUGAAGCCGGUUAUGAUGCAGAUGAUGAAGAAGAGUCUCAGCUACAUACUCUUCUUAUGUCAGCCGGUGAAAAGGUUGUUGAUUUUCUCGAUCGUGUGUUUAUUCUUCGGGCGACACUAGUGGCUCUUGGUGAAAUAGUGGAGGAUAAGAUGAUCAUUCCUAUCACUUUAUGUGCUCUUCCUUCCAAGUUUCAGACUUUUGUUACCACUUUAAAUAUCACCAAACAACAGUCUCAGAUACAAUCAUCACCAUCUGUGCCACCAAUAAAGUCUUCCACUCAAUGGUAUUUUAUUUGUAAUGCUCCUACUCAUGAUACUGAUCGUUGUUGGUACAAUGGUCUUACUCAAGGUGCAUCUAGUAAAGAAGGUACAUCUAGCCAUAGUCAUUCUCGUUCAUCUCGUGGUCAACGACAUCAGCAAGGAAAUGUUGCUACUCACCAAGAUGACAUCUUUGAUGGGACCUCUAAUGAAGAUACGUAUGCUCUUGCUCCUACUUCUGUUGUUCAUCCAAAUCUGGUUUUGGUUUCUCAAACAUCUCCCUCUUCCCGAGAUGUCUGGUUAAUUGAUUCGGGUGCUAGUAAACACAUGACUGGAGAUAAAGGUUUGUUUGAUACUUUGAAUUCCACUCCAACUGGUGAUCUCAUUCGUAUUGCUGAUGAUAAGGAAUAUGUUGCUAAAGGCAUUGGUACUAUUACUAUCCCUCUUACUGAAGGCAGUUGUUCUCUUUCCAAUGUACUUUAUGUUCCUGGUUUUACUAGCAAUCUUUUGUCUGUUAGUCAACAUGUAAAUCACAGAGUUAAGGUAGAAUUUCAAGUUUAA